GAUUUUUUUUAUAGUAGGGCAGUCGUCCGCCAUUUUCAGCACAGCGACUAGGGAAUCGUUUCUGUUGUUCGAUUCUAAAAGCAGUUUGCUGCGUAAUUGUUUUUGGUAAGGCACACUUUUCCCAGUGAAAAUGUCUAACGAGCAGGCCGAAAUCACGAUCGAGAAUGCGAGCCAGGAGCAGCAGCAGGAGCAGCAGCAGGGAGAAAUGAAUGGAAAAGCCAAUUCUGACUCCAACCAAAGCAGGAAGGAGAGACCCCAGAAGAGGGGCGGAGGAGGCCGAUAUGAACCCUACGGCAACAUAAACAAACGAUACCGUGUGGUUGUCAGCAACAUUCCCUAUGAUGUGAAAUGGCAAACCCUUAAAGACCUGAUGAAAGAGAAAGUGGGUGAGGUAACGUACGUGGAACACUUAAUGGACGCAGAAGGCAAAUCGAGGGGUUGUGCUGUGGUUGAGUUUAGGACUGAUGAACUAAUGAAGAAGGCAGUGGAAAAGGUGAACAGGCACGUUCUUAAUGGAAGACCUCUUAAAGUGAAAGAGGAUCCUUAUGGAAUCAUUUCACAAAGGGAGAUUAACAAAUGUCAAAUUGGAGGACCACCAGUAGGCCCUGGCGGUAUGGGUGGUAUGGGAGGAAUGGGUGGCAUGUUGGGAGGAAUGGGUGGUGGCAUGGAACGCAUGGGUCCUGGGCCGAGUGGUCCCAUGGUCAACAUUCCUCCCAGCCUGAUGAACAACCCAAACAUCCCCAAUGAGAUAAUUCACGGUCUCCAGGCCGGCAGGAUUGGAAGCACUGUAUUUGUGGCAAAUCUUGACUACAAAGUUGGUUGGAAGAAGCUGAAAGAGGUGUUCGGCAUGGCUGGCAUGGUUGUCAGGACAGACAUUCUGGAGGACAAGGAUGGGAAAAGCAGAGGCAUGGGCACCGUGACAUUCGAAAUGCCAAUUGAAGCAGUCCAAGCUGUCUCCAUGUUCAAUGGGCAGCUGUUAUUCAACAGGACCAUGCAUGUCAAACUGGAUGAAAAAUCUCUUCCCAAAGACUUUGGACCCCCAGACAGAGCUUCUGCUUUGCCUCGUGGCCUCAGUGGUAUUGGUUUAGGCCUGGGACCUGGUGGUCAGCCUAUUGACGCUACUCAGCUCAACAGAGGCGGUGGAGCAGGGAUGGGGAACAUGGGUCCAGGAGGAAUGGAUGGAAUGGGAUUUGGCAACAUGGGAGGUCGCAUGGGAGGAGGAAUGGAUAACUUUGGCGGAAUGAACAACAUGGACCGUUUCGGCUCUUCAGGAAUGGGUCGAAUGAAUGAGAUGGACCGUGGGAUUGGUGGUGCUUUUGACAGGGAAUUUGGGAGAAAUGAAAUGGGAAUGUCUCGCAAUAAUUUUGGAGAGUCCUUUGAAAGAGGAAUGGGGAACUCUAUGGGUAUGGACCGUAUGGGUUCUGGAAUGGAUCGCAUGGGAGGCAACAUGGAUCGCAUGGGAGGGAUGGACAACCGAAUGGGUAUGGACAGGAUGGAUCGAGUGUCUGACCUGGACCGGAUGGGAACCGGAUUUGACCGCAUGGGCUCUGGGAUGGAUAGGUUGGGGCCGGGGAUGGACAGGCUUGGUCCAGGUCUGGACCGUAUGACCUCCAGCAUGGAUCGCAUGGGCCCAACUGGGUUUGAUCGCUUGGGCUCAACAAAUUUGGAUCGUAUGAGUAGCAACAUGGACUUUAGCUCCCCAAUGGGAAUGGAUCGCAUGGGCAACACUGGCCUUGACAGAAUGGGAAGCGGCUUCGAUCGCAUGGGAUCCACGGGUGGCAUUGAUCGCUUUCCCCCUGGCGGCCUGGACCGCAUGAACUCUGGCAUGGAUCGGAUGGGAUCUGGAGGUGUGGGUGGUCAGUUUGAUCGUUCUGGUGAUGUGAAUCGGGGAUUUGGUGGAAAUUCCUUUGGUGGAGCUGGACCUGCAGGGCCUGGAACUGGAGGUGGCAAUCUCAGGAAGGGAUGUCAAAUUUUUGUCAGAAAUCUGCCAUUUGAUUUCACCUGGAAGAAUCUGAAAGAUACCUUCAAUACCUGUGGUAUGGUCCAGUAUGCUGAUAUUAAGAUGGAGAAUGGAAAAUCCAAGGGCUGUGGUGUGGUUCGCUUCGACAGCCCUGAAACUGCGGAGCGUGCCUGCCGGACCAUGAACGGCUAUCGGCUGAACGGGAGGGAGAUCGACGUCAGGAUCGACAGGAAUGCAUAAGCAAACCUGUUUAUCAAGGACAUUUCUUUUAGCCCAUAAUGUCCAAACACCGCUUCAUCUGAAUUUCCCUCCACUGCUCUUGUUUUGGUAGUUUCUGUAACGACAAUUACAUUUUAGUUAGACGUUUGUAGCAGUGAACAUAUUUUUAGUUUUUGUCUUUUCAAUUUUAAGAGACCAAAUUUUUAAUUUUUGCCAUGCUUCUAUUGUGACUUGUUUUUGGUCUGUAGGUUGUUUUGAAAAUAAAAAAAUCUCAAUUUAA